GUGAAAUUGUCCGCAUUUCUUGGUCGUACAUGCAUGUUCCAAUGUGUAAUGGUUCGCUUGGUCUGAAAUUCAGAGUCGAUUGCGUGUUUGAUAUCAUCACUCGCAAAUGCAUGUGGUAAAUCCGCCAACCGGGCCUUACCCAUUUUGUGUCAGCGUGUAUGAAAGUAUGUUUUAUGAGCCAUCACAACGGGGGGAUCAAAUCUGCGCCGAGGGAAGCGCGACGAUUACGAACGGGAAUGUGUUAGUUCCGCAAAUGGUUGUGUUUUCAAAAAUUUGUACUCCUGGCAAACCUAGCAAGGUGCAGGCAGAGUUUGUCGCCAAGAUGUUUCCUGUGUACCAGGCAAGGCAGAAAUAUGCCAAGCGCGACCGCCAGGACCCCAUUAGGUCCUUCAUCACCAGAUGCAUGCAUGUAGCAAGGCGACUCUCGGACUUGGUAACGCACUUUGGCUGUGGCGCACUGUUGUACCUAGGGUUUGACAUGACCAUUUCCAGUUGCACUCAACCAGCCCAAGCGGCGGCACCCGGCUUCAGAUGGAACGGUCAGGGUAUUGCAGUAUCUAACUGUGAGGAGAAAUAUGGCCACGGAGGUGUGGUCGAACACAGGAGCGUGUAGUGUGGCAUGCGUGGCACGCGGUCUGAUCUCGAUGACACGAUAUGGUGGAAACAUUAAGGGUGGAAGAUCAGAUAGGGAAAUUGCCAUCGGGAUGAUGGGCGUCGAAUGAAAAAAGUCAACAUGG